GAGAACCAAAGAAUUUGGGUACAGUACCAGAACAGUUAAACUUGGUACCGCUGCGGAGAAAUCCAAUCCUAUACAUUCUAUCCUUACCCACCUCUCCUGCACCUCCUCCGGUCCAUAUCCUCAGGUACGACAAUGAGUCAACCCUUGAGGCGAGGUGUACGGGCUGUGUUCUGGACCCGAGUCCUCCCUUCGCUGGCGCGACAAGGGCUAUCUUUACACCGCGGAGGGCAGACAAGAUGCCUUCAGAUACGUGCCGCGCCUGCGGAACAACCAGCUUCGGCCAAUGGAAAUACUUUGCCCGUGAGCGGCACUCCUAGCUCAGCUGAAUCUGCAGAUGCGCGGUUCGAUGUCAUCGGCGCUCCGUACUCUUUAUUGUCGGUCUCUCUAUCCGCUUCACAGAAUCUCUUCACUCGACGGGGAACCUUGGUAGGCUUGAGUGGAAAGGCCGAUAAUGUGGUUUCUACAUUGAGCGUUCUAGAGCCAUUCCGGAGAGCGGUUGUUGGUGUUCCAUUUCUCUACCAGAAGGUCUCGUCGGCUAGUCCAGUAACCGCCUUGGUUUCUGUUCGGUCGCCCGUCACGUCCUUCGCUGUUGUACAUCUGGAUGGCUCCGUGGAUUGGAUGGUGGCGCAGAGACGCGCCUUGCUUGCCUGGACGGGCCGUUCUCUCACUAUUAAACCAACAAUCAACACAACCCUGAGCUUGUCUCACUGGGGAAGUUCUGAGGUGACUGGCAGAGGCCUGCUAGCAUUGGUCGGUACGGGCCAACUCUACCAGGUCGAGGUAAAAGCUGGCGAACAAUACAUUGUCCACCCAAGCAAUGUUGUGGCUUACACGAUGACAUCUAACCCCCCUCGUCCGUACCGCUUCAAAUCCACAACCUUGAAAUUCCAGGUCCCGGGCCUUAAGGGCUUGCCAAGCUUUAUUCAAGAUUCGAAAUUCAUCCGGGAUAUUUCGGAUUCAAGUACAUGGAAGACCGCGAUGAGAAUAUUCCAUAAAGUUCGGACUUGGUCUCGGAUGACCAUCUGGGGAGACAGGCUCUUCCUUCAAUUCGAUGGUCCCGCGACAAUUCUCUUACAAACACGCGGCCCUCGCAUCAACGAAGUUCUUACCUCCCAUGAAGUCAAUGAGAUCGCAAGCGCCCCAAGGGGGCUAACCAUUGGGCCUGCGAAGCCCGCAGAAAAGAAGCCCUCUGCCGACAAUGAAUAUAGGAAGGCAGCCGAGGAGGCUAUCAAUGCCGCGCCGGCUCCUACAAGGACGGUGGAAGAAUUAGAACAGGAAAUCAAAGGGUCAGCUCAAAGCAUUGCCACUCUCACGAAGGAGGGCAAGGUGAUCUUUGAGAAGCCAAGCCAACAAAGCUAGGCUCUAACGUUUGGCAUCCACUCUCCCAGUUAGUGCAUGAUAGGGCAAUGGUCUCUAAAUUUUUCUACUAUGAGCUGAAUGUAUUAUAGAUGUCCCGCGCUUCAACAUGAACUACCGUUUUAUUUUCCUUUCUCUUUUGUGGGCAUGAAAACUUUCUCAUAUAGCAUUUGUUCAGUCUCUAGGUCAGGAGCAUAUCAAAUAUCGCUACAGGUGAAUUCAAGGAAUUCUUUCUGCUAUAUCAGGCAGGCGGUUUACGGUCAGUGGGUAAAGCAGCG